AUGGGCGCAGCCACUCUCAUCUAUGAGGCACGAUGGCUCCUCGCUUCGGUUGUGCUCGCAAUUUGGGCGGUCCUCAAGAUCAAGCAAUAUUACCGGUUGCGCCAUUUCAAAGGACCCUUCGGCACUGGCUGGUUCGAGAUUUGGCAUGGCCUUGCCUACCUUUCUGGAAAUCCACACUUGAAGUUCAAGGAGGCCACGGAUAAAUACGGACCCAUUGCUCGCAUUGGACCCAACGAGCUGAUGACUACAUCUCUUGAGUUGCUGGCACACAUCAAUGGAGCGAGAAACAGAUACACGCGAACCAGAUGGUUCUACAUUGCCGCCCGCUUCCAACCGAACAGCGACAACAUUUUAAGCGAGCUCGACGAUAACAUACACACCAAGCGUAGAGCUCAGAUGGCUGGCGGGUAUUCUGGCAAGGAAAACCGUGAGCUCGAGAGUUCGGUAGAUAUUCACGUUGCAGAACUUGUCCAACUAAUUCGGACCAAGUACUGCUCGACCGAGAUCAAGACAAACCCAUUCGAUCUCGCACAGAAAGCUCAGUACCUCGCCCUCGAUGUCAUCAGCCAUAUUGGAUUUGGCGAGCCGUUUGGGAUGCUUCUUUCAGAUCAAGAUGUGAAUGGCUACAUCAAGCACGCCGACCAGGGCAUGAACGCAAUCAUGUAUCUGUGGGGCCUCGGACUGACAGAGCUCGUACUCGGUACGCCACUCAUGCAUCUCUUGGGACCAUCGGACAAAGCAAAGACCGGCUUCGGAGCGAUGACGGCCAACACUCGCAAAAUCAUCUCUAAACGUCUUGAGGACGACCCCGGCAUGACCAAGGGGAGCGACAUGCUCGCCUCGUGGUUCCGGCAUGGCUUGGACAAAGAACAACUCGUUACUGAGUCCAUUCUCCAGCUCCUUGCCGGUGCCGAGACCGCUGCCACUUCCAUGCGAUGCAUCAUGCUGUACCUCGUUACUAACCCGCGUGUCUAUGCCAAACUUCAGGCCGAGGUAGAUGCCGCGGUUAAAGAUGGACGAGCGCCGCCGUACCCGAGUGUUGUUUCCAAUGCCACGCAAAGGCAACUUCCUUAUCUGUGGGCAUGCUGCAAGGAGGGCAUGCGGAUGCACCCUCCGGUGACCAACUCUUCCCAGAAGAAGGUGCCGCCUGAGGGAGAUACCGUGACAGUGGAGGGUAAGACGGUCUAUCUUCCUGGCGGUACCAAUAUUGGCUACUGUGUCUGGGGACUGAACAGGGACCAGAAGAUUUUUGGAGGGGAUGCCGAUUGCUACCGGCCUGAGAGGUGGCUGAAUGAGGAGGACCCUAAGAAGCUGGCCCAGAUGAACCUGGCCCACGAGAUGCUUUUUAGUUAUGGAAAGUACCAGUGCCUCGGAAAGCCAAUUGCGCUGAUGGAGAUUGGAAAGACUAUUUUUGAGGUAUGUUGAGGUUACUUACCUUUGGACACAUUCAUUCUCAACACUUUGAUACGAUGCUUGCUAACAUCAUGACAGUUGAUGCGAAAUUUCGACUGGAGUGUUACCAAUGCGGCGGAACCCUGGAAGGAGAUGAACGCGGGUGCUGUAUUCCUGACGCACGACUUCCUUGUAGAGGCAACUGAACGGCCGAUGUCUUGAUGGUCUCGGAAGAAAAAAAAACAAAAAACAAGUAACCUAGGUAGAUUAGGAUUGCAUUGCAUCGAAGAAGGAAUAGGUUUGGAAGAGUAUGUGAAUAUAAUAAUGGUGUAGUCAGUGUGCGGUAUUCGGGCCAGUGAAGUGAAGAGGUUACCUAUUUCAUGUGGAUUCGCAGCAAGAAGUACACCAUCUCAUUCAACAGCGUCAUGGA